AUGAAAUACUUUACUAUCCUCGCCGUCCUGUCUGUCCUGGCCACUUCCAAUCCCGUCCUUCGCCGCCAGGAGGCCGAACUAGCUCCGGAUAGCGUGGCAAACUCCGAACAAGUUACUGCAUGUAAAAAACCUAGCCUUGAAUUGCAACAAGCCUGGCAACAAAACGGCUGCGACGGAACAAACAAUGGAGGCCAAGACGAUAGUACGGCCUCAGAAAGCCAUUCUCCAGCUUGCGACAAGGCAAUGGUCGAUUUUGUACAGGCCUGGGCCGAAAAUAGCUGCGAGGAGGCACUUAAUGCCGCCAUCAAUAAUCUAACCCCAGAAGGUGACUCAGAUUCGAGUACUCCUACCUCUGAAAUUAGUCAUUAA